AUGGCAGACUUCUUUUGUCCGCUCCAGACUGGUAUCCAGACCCCCAAGAUUGGCUUUAUUCGGGCACAGGUCAAAAAGUUGCGAGCACUCUGCCAGUGUCCUGCGGAUGCCAUCAAGCUUCACUUGGAUAGCUGGGGGUUAAAGAAACUUUGGUCCUAUGCUUUGCGUAAGGCGGGAAAGGAGAAGACUGAAUGCACUUCCAAUCCCAAACGUAGAGACCAUGGCACCCAGCUUUUCUAUGACGUCUUGUUCAAGCACUGGGGAGUGAGGCUUCGCAAAGCCAAGCCUUCCAAAGUCCUGAUGAUUGACAACCCGGCCGAUGUGAAGCAAGAGGAGCAGGACCUGCAGCGAGCACUUCGGGGAGAUGAAUGUGAUGAAGCUGACACAGAAGUUGUGGUGGUUCUGGAUGACCCAUACCUUGAUGGGAUGUUUGUGGAUGAUGAUAGCCCCGUGCAAGAUGAGGAGAAAGCCAACCCAGUCUCUGAUGACAAACCAACCUCUGAUGAGAAGCCAGCCUCUGAUGACCAACAGUUCGCCGAGGUCAACGCAGCCCCGGCCACCCAGAAUUAUGAUGAUGCGGUGGUGUGCUCCAGUGCUGAUUCUUCGCUGGUUCUGGCUCAACUCAAUCUUAGGAUUAUGCAGAUCCAGUUGAAGCGCCAGCAAAAGCGUGCUGCUGCACAGGAGAAACCUGUGCAGGUGAAUGCGGUGAGUGAGGUGGCACCCGGAGUGAAUGUUGACAACAUGGACACGCUCCCCUACUCAAUCAUGGACCACAAUGCCGACUUGUCCCCCAUGCCCAUGUCCCAGGGUGUGACUCCUUCACCUUUGGGGCCCGUUGAAGUCGAAGAGACCCCGCCCAAAGUUGAGUCAUUGAAGCGGGUUUUGGUGCAGCAGUUUGAUUCGAUGUCCAAGGGUGAUUCCAAACCUGAAAUCCAAGCAUCCCUGCCUGAUGCUACUGGGGCUACUGGGGUUGGAAGGGAAACCCUACCUGAUGGUGAGACCCUGCCUGAUGAUCCUGCGGUGAAAGGUGAUGCUCCGGUGGGACAUGAGACCCUUGGUGAUGCCCCAGUACAAGGUGAGACCCUACCUGAUGACUGUCCAAGCCUUUCUGAGAUUGCUGCAGCUUUUGGAGAAGCUUUGCUUCAACCACAGCUUGACGAGCCACCUGUGACUUUGGAUCACAGUGAUUGCCUUGCCCCUGCCGAAUCCAGUCAGGUGUUGGAAGCUGGUGCUCCUACUCCCAUGGGCUCUCCAGAGCAACCGCCUGCGAAGUGCAGCAGCAGCAGCAGCAGUGAGGCUGAGGAAGACUUGGGGGGAGGGGUUGAAGAAGUUCCCUCACCUACCUUAGAAGAGGAGCUGGAUGCUGAGCUUGAGGGCGCGGCACCUGUGGUCAAAAGGGUUGAGCAAUACAAGCAAAAGACAGAGAACCAUCCACCUGCCAAAAGGGGAAGGCCUAAGGCCAAGAAGGCUGAAGAACCCAAGGAACCCAAGAAAAGAAAGGCUUCAGAGAGCAGGCCCAAGAGCAAGGCGAAAGCCAAGGCAAAAGCUACUAGUAAGGCAAAAGCUAAGGCGAAAGCAGUUGCAGAGCAGCAGGCACCGGCAGCAGCUUUGCCUCCACAGCCAGCAGCACCUUUGGAUCCGCCGCUGCCAGCACCUUUGGAUCCACCAGCAGUCCCCCUGCCCAAAGCCAAAGGGAGGUCAAAGGGCAAGCAUUACAUGACCAUUGACGACAUCAUUCCCCCGACACCAGCACCACCAAGACUGGCGCCAUGUGUUGACAAGACCAAUCCAAAGGACACACGUGCAGAAGAGGGUGAGAUUGUUGGCAAGGGUGGGAAGCCCAAGGCUCCCAAGAAGAGGGGUUCUGAGCCAAAGGCAUCAUCCAGUGGGGUGAAGAAGAAGCGGGGGAAAGGAAAAAAUGAGACACCUGAGCCUGUCCUUCCUGCUGAGCCUGCUCUUCCUGCUGAGCCUGCUGACUAUGCUGUUGAGCCCGUUGCCGAAGGCCCUGCCCCUCAGCCGAAAGAGAAGAGUUUUGCUCGCAGGCCUCGUCCGAAGACUGAGCCUGCUGUCACCAAGUGGGUUCAGAUCCGAGAUGUCUUCAAUGAGCGUGUCCGUGGGGAGAUCAUGGGGAGGGGCGUGCGCUUUCCCGGCACUUGGGAGGAGCCUUGGUUGAAGGCAUGCACAAAGAAGUUUGCCGAACACUAUGUCCCUGAUGAUCUUUCUGAGUACCGUCAGAUCGUGAUCGAUUGCAUUCCAGCUUUCGUGGAUCAUGUGCAAUGGCUCGCCGUGGCUGCAUCAACCUGGCCAAGUUCGGUGUGGGAGCUAGUUCUCCGAGUGCCAACUGGGUUGGAUGUUAUCUUCUUGGUACUGCUUGUCUCUUGGAUGGGGGUUCUUCGAGAUGAGAAGUACCAAGUCUUUGAGUUUUUCGCUGGUGUGGCCCGCGUAGCAAAGGUGGCCAAACUUCUGGGAUACAAGACUGCAGCCUAUGAGCGUGAUUUCGGUAAAAGCUCAAAGGUCAGAGGAAAACGAAGCCCAAUGGAUUUGAACAGCAAUGCUGGUUUAGUGCUAGCAAUCAGCCUCAUCUUGGCCGGCGAGUUUGGGGCAGUAGCUGCAUUGUUUGCGGUGUGCUGCUCCAGCUUUGUUCCUGUCAACCGGGGCACAGGUGGCCGAAGUUUGCUUACACCACUGGGCAAUGAGGGGGUGCCCUCAGUGAGAAGAUCGAACAAAUUGAUGUCAAGGAGUUGUCUUUUGAAGCUUCUACUCAUCGCAGCUGGAGGUGUGAUUUUACUGGAGAACCCACAGAAUUCUUUGAUAGCUCUACAUGACCGUUGGGUAUGGCUGGUGAAUGCACUAGCCCGUUACGCUAUUGAAGUUUACAAGGUGAGCUUCUGGAUGAAAAAACACAAAUCUUUGACAUGGAAAAGAACGUGGAUUUGGUCAACUUCCCCCAUCAUCCAACGACUAGAUCUUGGCUGCCUCACUGCUGAAGAACGGCCAACUACCGUUAAAACAACGACUUCUUGGACAGACCCCACAACUGGAAAGAAAAAGUUUCAAGGAAACCGGCACUUGAAGGGAACACAGCAAUAUACGUGGAGAUUUGCCCGUAAUGUUGUGCAGCUUAUCCCAGCCUUCCGUGAAGAGAGGCGAACUCAGAUUCCUCCGGCGGAUGAAUCCAUACCGUUGCUGGAACUCUUCAAGAAGGGGAACUUUGAAAAUCGAUGGGAUUCCCAUGCUGACUUGCAUGAAUGCAUCAUGUACUGUAGAGGGUCUAAGCUGCUAAAAAUUCCCUCUGAGUGGCGGCCCUGGUUGCCAAGCUCCAUAUGA